CGUGUAUGUGGUUUGUUAUUUCUCUCUCUUAGCUGUCUGUCUGUCUGUCUGUGUGUUUAAUCUGUGGAGUUUCCCGCUACUUCAUUCUCUCGUCAUUUUCAUUAAAACCUAGCCUAGCCUGGUGUCGGAGGAGGAGGAUGGACUGAGGUGGCCGACGGGAGCUAGAUUGGUGGAUCAUCUGGAGGGAGUCAUGAUCCAAGUCAAUAAUGAGUCCUGUACACCCGAGGCUGCCAAAGAAGUCAGAUUUACUUCACAUUCUUCAUUAUCUGAUAGCAGUUCUGAGAAUCUCACUCCAAGAUGCUCUUCUGUUUCGGGUUUCAAGAUUCACCGACGGUUUGGCCCAGCUAGACGUUCCUCCCAAGCUGGCUGGACAAAUGAGGAGGAUAAGCUACUCACUGAAGCAGUGCAAAGGUACAAUGGGAAGAACUGGAAAAAAAUAGCUGAAUGCAUGCCUGGCAGGACAGAUGUUCAAUGCCUGCAUCGUUGGCAGAAGGUCCUUAAUCCUGACCUUGUCAAAAGCCCUUGGACAAGGGAGGAGGAUGAAUGUAUUAUUGAGUUAGUGGGAAAGUAUGGCACUAAGAAAUGGUCAACAAUUGCAAAGUUGUUACCUGGUCGCAUUGGCAAGCAGUGCAGGGAGAGGUGGCAUAAUCACCUGGAUCCAGCAGUUAAAAAAGAUGCUUGGACUGAAGAGGAGGAAGCAAUUUUGGCACACUACCACCAUUUACUUGGUAAUAAAUGGGCAGAUAUUGCAAAGUUUCUACCUGGAAGGACUGAUAAUGCUAUAAAAAAUCACUGGAAUUGCACAUUGAAGAAGAAACCUGACUUAAAUAUGCCUCGUUUGUCUAUAUCAAAAUUGAGGGGAAAUGCAUAUACCCAUGCUUGCACUGAUGAAGGAAAAUUGGGACCUGCAGGAAGUUGUAGGAUGCCCUCUAGUCUCUUUGAACCUAGAUCCUCUAGCCCACAACAGGUUUCAUCGAACACAAAUGGUGCCCUUUCAGUGACAAUGGCUCUCGGGAAAUCUAAUCUUUCUGUGGAUUCUUCAGAGACAAAACCUUCUCUUGUAGGAAACAGCCGACAUCCUGGGGAAGUUCAAACUAAAGGGAAUCCAUUCACUCAAUUUCCAAGCAUCACAAUUGAUAGUUCAAGUGAACUUCCAUAUAUAGGAUGUGCUAACAAAACGAGAUCAUGGAAACCCCCAUUGAACUGCUUGUUACAAAACACAUUGGAUGCAUGCACUUGGAUUAGAACAGAUCCAUUCAGCCUUGAUGAUGUUCUUCCAGGAACAUAUGCAAGCACAAUAGAGUCUCCAAAAAGAACCCGGAAUAGUUCAUGUGUAACUGAUGAUAAGUCUGCCUGCUCUCCCGUUGACACUAAUUUAAGCUUGUCGUUAAGUGGAUAUGGCUAUGAGAAUGAGAAGGCUAAAAAAAGAGGCAGAGUCUGUGAAACACCUACAUCCAAUUUCACUGAUUAUUCCUGCACCCCGAAUUCUGCUGGCAAGAGCAUUCUUGUAGAGACUGAGCAUGUUAGCCAUCAUCUUUCUCCUUUCUAUCCCAUUAACUUGUCAUUGAGUAUAUCUAGUAGCAGGGGUAGUCCGGAGUCUCUGCUCAUGAGUUCUGCAAUGAGUUACCAGUAUACCUCUUCAAUCCUGAGAAAAAAUAAUUCGAGAUAUACUGAAAAUACAGGUUGCUCUAGUAAUUUCAGCACUCCAACAUGUACUACAUCUUGUGUUUCUGAUACUGAAGAUGCUGCAAAUGGGUUCAGCUCGAUGUGUGUGAAAGGCCGGUUGCAUUCUAGGGAUUCUGAUUCCGGAGCAUCAGUUUGUGGACAGGGUCUGGACCGAUGCCUAGAACAUGCAUUUGAUUUGGAGAGUGAUUCAAACAAUGUUAGAUGUACUCCUGGCUCUUCGACUCCUUCUUCAGAACUUGCCUUCAAUGCCAAAAUGAUGCUGACACCAUGAAGUUAUGAAAUCUGGUCUUGGGGACCUUCAAGCCUGUGGGAAAGCCGGAAUAAUUCUACUGAAGAUAAAUUCGGCAUAGUAAAAGGAAGCAUACAGAUGUUUUGGGGUGCUGCUCAGAAUGAACACUAUGGCUGCUUGCUUAUGAUAUGGUCUGAUCUCUUUGUUUUUUCAGUUACAGAAUAAAGGUUUGGGGUGUUGAAUUUAGAGCAUCUCUCUGAUUAAUAAGAAUCAUAAUAAUAAUAAUAAUUCCUGAAAUAUAGAGGUAGUAAUAAGAAAUUCAACCUGCCCAAGUGUUGAUGACUGCUGCAGGGAUUUGGAUUUUAUUUGGUGGAAAUACUUGUUAUGGUACCGAAUGUUUCUAUGCUGCAUAUGCAUAUGGAUAAUAAUUGAUUUUACAUGUUGUGGAAGAAAUUUAUGCAUUUUUCCUAAAUUGUCUCCAUAUAUGUAAUAUAUAAUGUUAGAAUAGGGAUUUGAGGUGUAUGU